CUCCCCCGCCGCUACUAGUGCGCGGCCCGCGCGCCCCCCCGCUCCGCACAAGAUGGCGGGGACGGCGGCGGAGCGGGACGCGCCGAAAAUAGAGGACGGGCACCUGAACCACUCGCUGGGAUCCCCGGUGCAGGCGGAGCUGUGCUUCCCGCGCCUGAUCGUCCCGUUCUGCGGGCACAUCAAAGGAGGGAUGAGGCCGGGCAAGAAGAUCUUAGUUAUGGGCAUAGUGGACCUCAACCCCGAGAGCUUUGGCAUCAGUCUGACUUGUGGAGAGUCUGAAGAUCCUCCUGCAGAUGUAGCUAUUGAACUGAAAGCGUUGUUUACAGACAGACAAUUUGUCAGAAACUCUUGUAUAGCUGGACAAUGGGGAGAAGAGCAAUCAUCUAUUCCUUACUUUCCAUUUAUACCGGACCAGCCUUUUAGGGUUGAGAUACUUUGCGAGCAUCCCCGUUUUAGAAUAUUUGUGGAUGGACAUCAGCUCUUUGAUUUUUACCAUCGUAUUGAAACACUGUCAGCAAUUGACACCAUAAAGAUAAAUGGAGAUCUUCAGCUUACAAAACUUGGCUGAGGUUGUUAGGACUGCAGAUUCAAAACCGGCUUGGGUGCCAUUGUCCAUUUGGAGAAGUGACAGCCGGCUCUGGACACAGCUAUGGUAGGAAGGCUGCCCUGUUCCUUUUCCACACGCAGUUCUUCACUCCUGUGCCAGUGAACCAGGCUGUUGUUUAUCCCAGUGAAGAACAUUGCUGGUUAAUAGACAUUGAGCCAUUUUUCUUGGAACAAAAUAGCCCACCUAUGCUGGAUAAUCAAAUUGGAAUGGAUUCAGAAAGAUUUGCAGUCUUGUUUCAAAUCUCACAGAAAGGCAAUUUCUGAAAUGCAGUGCUAAAACCAGUUACUGAACAGCAGUAACAACAAAAAAAAAGUUUUUCUUUUGCAAAUAUUGUUUCUGCACUGAAGUGGAGUAGUGUAGCACAACAUAGGGCCACGUGCUGAUGUCCUUACCCGGGGCCUGCGCCUGGUUCCAUGGAAAUCAAUGGCAAAACUCCCACUCACUUUAGCGGGGUGCAAUUGCAAUUAAACUGUCUAGUUCUUAGUCAAGCACAAUUCCCACUGAUUUCUAUGGGAUUUUUGCACACGCCUGGUGGCCAGCUCUUCUGCUGGUGUAAAUCGGUGUUACCUCCAUGGCUUGUAGUGGUAUUUUGCUGAUCACUCCCAACCGCUGAUUUGGCCCAAGAACUGUGCAAAAGCUGAAUGAGGGUUUGAGGACACAGCCUGUAUAUUUUAGUCAGGGUAUUUGCAUAGAAUGUAGAUUGUUAUGAGUUUUUGCACAAUGUAUUGUUAAUACAAUUUUUAAAGCUUAUCUGUAGUUUAUUUAUUUAUACUCAUUGUAUGUAUUAUUAGUAAAAAUGAACAGUCUUACUGAUGGUUAAGAACAGCAAAGUGUAAACAUUUUGAAUGUACAAAAUGUCUUAGGUUCUUUGGGUAAACCUUACGUAUCGUUCUUGAAAAUUCACGUUUCCUAUCGAAUGUUUAGUUACAUUUUAAUGGAGCCCUCUAGGCCCUGGGAAAAUGUGGGCAUGGUAGUUGGUGGGGGUAGGGGCAACUCUUCAUAUUCACUAGAAACUGUUUUUCAGGGCUUACUAACUUUGCUGUACAGGAUAGGUUUGAGUUGAAGUCAAUCUGAUUUAAAAACUUAAACAGCAAAUUUGUCGGUUCAACUGUGCUUUUAUAACCUGAGAAAAAGUUAACUUGGGCAGUCUCUUAGUUCAGUAAGAGAACCAGUCUCUUUCCAAGGGAGAUGGGAGAUUUUUUGCAAUUGUUUGAGAACACAUUCGGCCUUUGAUAUGACUAUUAAAACUUGUCUAGACAGCCAAGUUAUUAAUGCUUGAAAUUCAGCUACUGCACAUGAAUAAUAACUUUUGGAGUAGCUUUUUAAAUAGUAGGUAUAGCUGUAUAAACACAGUCACUGCGCUACACUAUAAAUGAACACAGCCACUUUUCUUGACUUCUUUAGGACUAAAUGCACUUUUUUCCUUGGCUGCUCACAAUAGACUAUAGCAGGUCUUUCUGGGUAGUUACAAUCAUGAUAUAAACAUAUAUUUAGGCAACUUUGAGAACAUGUAAUAUAGGGACUUUCUAAGACAGACUACAAAAACAUCCUUUGUAGCACAGUAUUUAAAAAAAAAAAAGAGAGAGAAAAAUCUCACAAACAGAACUAUGUUAAACUUGCAAUAAAGCUGUGGUUUAAAGCAACCAGAACUGGAAUAUCCAAAGGGUAGUACGCCAGUUGCAAAGCCUCAUUUUGCGCUAAUUUGGCCUGUAGUUAAGAAGCCUUAGACUGCAAGCUGAAAUUCCAACUGUGGCUCUAGUCCAAAGCUUGCUGAGGUCAAUCAGAGUCCUCUGAGCGCAGAAGCCUGAUUCUUAUUUCAUGCGAGUGCAAAUCUCUCUGCAAAGCCAGGGAGCUGUUGCUGGUGCUGCAGACAAGUUCAGAAUCGGUCCGUCUGCUAUAAAAUAUUAGUUAAAAAAAGGAAUCUUUAGCCUUAUCGUUGACAUUCCCUGACUUUUCCUCCUUUUUUCCAAAUUAAGAGAGAAACUAUUGUUUUCCAGAUGAUCUUUUUAUCUGGUGUGUGGCUUUUAAUUGUACUCCAGAUUGAAUCUUGAUAUGAAAUGUUCUUGUCUUGCUCUGGUUUUACUCUUUUUACAUGAUGACUGUGUCAUUUUCUGUUGUAUAAAGAAUGCUGAUAGUGUUUCGGUACAAAAUAUAUUCUUAAAAAUGAUGGUGAUGAUAAUAAAAAUCCAAGGGAAAGGUGCUUCUACAUGAGGUGUUUGGAUUUUUCUCCAGCCUGGAAAUGCUUUAUGGUUCCAAAGCAGAUGCAGGCAGAAGAUGGAUUCUGUUUGGAGAGAUAUUUAGCACGCUCCCUGCCUAGCGCUCUCUCCAGCUAGAUACAUAAAGCCAGGUUUGCUCAUGCAGCGCCAUUGCCUGAGGCUGUCCUACUAGUCCAGUGGGCCAGAAGUGGGAGGCUGGAGAAAGUAAGUAGCCUCAUGACCCUCCAAUAGCAUAAACACAAAAGGGAUCUCCUUCACAGCACCAAGGCCAGUAGAGAUUUCCCCUCCAUGCCUUUACUGUAGCCCAGAAACGGCCAUUGUGCUGACUUGAAUUUUCAGCCGCUUAGAAUUCCUGGCAGAUUAGCACAGCCCUCAGACUUUCACUAUCCUGCAUGGGCUCAGCACAGCACUGCUUAUGGCAGGGAUGCCAAGAUGAACUUGAUGCACCACGGUAUCAUGGCGUGCCUGCUGGGAGCAAAGGCUCAGUGCUACCGCCUUGCCUCUGUCCCCACCCACUGUGCUGCACACUCCUGUUUGUUCCUACUCCAGUAGUUUUCUGUCUCGGGAAAAUGUUUUUUUGAACCUGAUUCUGCUUUUGCCUUUGCGUAACUCCACCUACCACAGUGCCCACCACUUGAUUCUGCCCUGUUGUGGUUUCUGAACUAGGCUUUGAGUUCAAGAAGGGCUGUGAACCCACUUCUAAUGGGUUGUGGUUUGGCUGAGAGCUCAGGAAAGGGCGGAAAUUCACAGUUACAGCUUCCACAUCUAUUUGUCUAACACCAGUUUGGUAGCUUUUUUUAUUUUUCUUUUGCUUUCAGGCAGUACUUGGCUAUGGCAGGCAAAGGAAGGAUGAUAUCUAUGUGUCUAAGGGCUGCUGCAAGUGUGCUUGCUUAGUAUUGGCUGACCAUAUUAGAAGCUACUGCUGAACACUGCAAUGUGCUCUGUAAGUCAGAGAAAACCUAGGCCUUAAACUUUUCUGUUCAGUUGGACUUUGAGCUAAAUCCAAAUGCUGAAGAUGGAGACUAUGCUACAAAACUUAUAUGUGAAUUCUUUGGUCUCCACAAUUUAGGGAUUAUUCAGAUUUCACUUUGAACAUAUACUCUACUAGACCUGAAAUAAGACUAUUGCCAGAUUAAGCCAGGUUUUCUAAAUGUUCUUCAGUAGGGAGAAGUAGUCUGUGAGCUUCUUGGAAAGUUCUUCAGGACUAAGUGAGUGUGUGAACCAGCUUUUGAAAUCUUAUGCUAGAGUUUAUUAGCUGAAUGUUUCUGUGGUUUCCUCUGAAUAAGGAAAUUAAUUCUGAAAUGAAAGAAGCCUUGAAUGGGUAAAGCCCAUGUGGAGUGGAAUCUCUCGACUUAGCAUAGCUAAAAUCAACCAAAAAACCCCAUGACCAAAUUAUUUAGCUGUCUUUAGAAUUGGCUGUGAUAACGCUGAUUUUUAUUGGGUUUUUUUUUUUAGAAAAAGGUUAUUGCCUACUCAGAAAGAGCCUUGAAAUACUUCAGUAUCAUGUGAGGUAGUCUGUGUCUAAACACAUUUCACUUAAAGGCUUUUUCAUGGCCAAGUUGUUAAAAAUGUUACAAAAUACCUACUUUUUGUGUCACCAUUAGAAAUGUUUGCCCUACCUUGAAAGAACAUCUUGUACUAAAUAUUCAUGUGUUGUCUCGGUGAACUUGCACUAACAUAUAUUGUAUUCUCCCUCCCCUCCUUGACUAGCUUGAGAAGAAAUAGGCAUAAUAUUGCUAAACCGGUUGAAUAUGACAUCUGCUUGAGGCAUGGCAUCUUUCUCAAGGGCUGUUUUGAGUAAACAGCUUGAAAACCGAAGGGAGAGCCUGAUUCACCAUUCUGCUGUGCCAGCUUCCCACCCCUGUCACUCUUCUGCUGUGAGGCUGAGACUAAAGCCUUGAGAUUUUUAUCUUCCAGGAUUUUAAACUACUCACUAUGAAGGAAACAAGAACAGAGUGGCCACAGCACCCUCAAGCUUGGUAGGAGAGUUGGGGUGGCAUGACUUGCUGUAAUCCUAAUGGAGCAAUGAGUUCAGAGGGAGGCAGAGGGCAUUUCCAAGCUGACUUAAAAGCACAGGCUGUGAAGCUGUGUGACUGUUUCCCAGGGAUGAGCAUUUCCCACUUUGUGAGCUGCCACUUUUUCUGCAACCCCAUACUGGAACACACAGCAAAAAAUCAGGGUUGCUUACAAAUUUGGAAGGCAUGAAUGGGCUCAUGUUCCUACUUGCCUUCUUUAAAAGAGGCUCCCAAAUAAAUAAUAGGAAAAUUUAGGAGUAGCCAUUAACUAAGGUAUAUUUUUCCCACAGACAUUCAAACAAUGUAUCUGAUGCGGGGCUCAUCUUGCCUCCCACUCAUGAGACGUGCUCCCCACAGAAAUCUACAGCACUGCUUGCUUUCUGCGCUGAGGUGGUCUACAGUGCCCUUUCCCUGCAGAAAACUGCAGAAUCACAAUUCUGCAAGGCCAGUUAGUGGCGGCUCUAAGCAACCUCCCAGCACCCCUGGAGCUGAUAUGACAGUCUGAGGAACAAGAGUCAUGCUGAAGGCAGCCCUAAGUCCUCAACUGUGAUAGGCACAGAAGUUAGGAAGAAAAGCGACACAAGUCAAUGAACAGUGACUUGGUGAGAUUUUUUUGUAAUCAUGGAUAUUGUUCUGAUUUUCUCACAUGGAUGAGAAAGCGUACAGGUAAAAAUCACUUUGCAACGAAUGGUGUGUGGGGUUAGAACUGAGGCCAACCUAACAGGGAGAAAAAAUGAGCUGCAGAUGCUUUAUCUGACUUUGAUACACCCUCCCAGCUCCUCCCAGCAAUCACUGCUGUUAUGAACAUCCACAAUUGCUAUAACAAGGAGAUUCAGCAGAAUGUGCAAGAUCAAAAUAAUAAACUCACACUUUGCCACGGAUCCUGCUUAGCUUCUGUUGCUAUUCCUCUCCAUCUGUCUGUCAACAAACAACUAUAUCCUGCUGCUUUUAAAAUCCAUGGCAAAUAUCCCUUUGUCUUUCUUGGAAAUAGGUCCAUAAGAAAAGGGGUAUUUCUAGCUCUUCCUCUCCAGUUAUUUUCAGCCGGGGCAUACUCUAAAAAUCUGUUCUUUCAUUCUCCUAUUUUUAAGUAUGAAUAGAGGACUAUUUCUGUCUGCUUUAUCCAUUUGAUAGAGUCAACAGAAAGCACAGCCUUUCUCUGCUGCCGGGACACCGGUUUCACAGUUAGCCAAUGCAAUGUCUUAUAUUCAUUACUUUCCAAUUUUCAAAACAGAGGGCGUGCAUGAAACUACCUGGCAAUAAUAUUAAUGUGUAUUAUUCACCACAGAUCUAUUUUUAUGUGUUGUGCCAAUUUCAUAAUGAACUUUUAAUAAUAAAAGCU